GAAUCGGAAUAUCUGACCACCUCAACCAACAGCAUGGCAAGCUUUGGAAACGCGUUUGUGAUGCCGGGGUUGGUGUUAGCAGCAAUCAUCGUCGUGUCAUCGGCGAGACUUUCAUCUGCAUCUGAAGACGUUUAUGGAAAUUAUGCUGAUCGUGAUGAACCAUCAUCAAUAAGCCCUAGCCCUAAUCCUAGCCCUAGCCCUAGCCCUAGCACCACAGAAGAUAUCAGCAGCAGCAGCAGUAAUUUCCCAGAUGUGCUGCCGCCGGAGCCCUCCCAGGGAUACUACAGGCAUUUGAGGAAAUGGGCAGACGAAAUAAGCCCUCUGUGCGCUGAACAGAUCUUUGAGGGUAUGUUCUACAGCAACGAAGAACUGACUGAGGAUUGUUGCGCAAACCUUUUGCAUGUGGGAUACGAAUGUCACCGGGUGUUGGUUAAGCUAAUCCUCCUAGAACCGACGUUCAAAGGCAAAGCUUCCGAGGCAUUGCACAAGAGUUUCCAAAUAUGGAGCUAGUGUGUCGUAGUCGUUCAUCAAACCGACUCACCUUCCCCUACUGCUGCCGCUGUUUCUAAUUAAAUUUCUUGUUUUCUUGCACUUGAAUCUACAUGAACAUGACGAUGAUUUAGUCAGCUAAUAUAGGACUUAUCUGAAUUCAAAAAAGUAAGCUAUACUAAAAUAAUUAAUUAAUUACAUUAUCUUUUACUUCUUAAGGAAUAAUAACGACUUGUCUAUGAAUAAGGAAUAAUAUCGCUUGUUAAAAAAAAAAGGGAACUUUAACGAAAAGCACCC